AUGGCUGCUAUCAUGGAUGAUAAAUUGAACGGCACUCUUGAUGUUCAAGACAGCAAUGAGAUACAAACAGUAGACUUUCCUAAUGAAAAUCUACCUAGGGAAGAACUAGUCUCUAGUAAAGAACCUCAAAAAAUUCUUGAUGAAAAAGAGAAGGAGAAAUUUGGGACAAAUGAUGUACAUAUCCUUUUCACUGGUCUGUCUGGUGCUGGCAAGUCAACUCUUGUCAAUGCUAUGCUUGGGAAAGUUCUUGCACGAACUGGCUAUGGACCAGAUUCCAUUGAAGCUCCAAAAAGUUACUAUGAGGGAGAGUUUGAAGGAGUAAAGCUACAAGUGUGCGAUACAAAUGGUUACAGUGAGAGUAAUCACAAAAUACCUAAGAGUCAUCGUUUUAAUCUCAUCUUGAUAUGCAUAAAGAUCACCAAUCGUGUUGGUGAUAGUGAAAUAAAUUUUCUGCAAGCUUUAGGAGAAGCACUUGAUAAGGAGGCAUGGAAUAGAACAGUCAUUGUUCUAACAUUUGCUAAUCAUCUUAUUUACAAUUCGAGUAUUGAACUUUUGAGAACAAAAGAGGCAAAAUGCCAAGCAAUAAAUGACAUAAAGGAUAAGUACAAGAAAUGUAUCAGAAAACACCUUAAAGAUUUUAUGGAUAAAAAAACACUUCGUAACAUACCUUUCUGCCUAGCUGGAAAAUCAGAUCCGUUCGACCCAACAAACAGAGAUGCUAGAACGUUACCCACAACAGAAGACUGGCUUGUUGAUCUGUGGGAGACUUGUGCAGAACACGUCAGCCCGGAAAAUAAGACAUGGUUCAGUCGAUUAUAUGACUUCAUUAAAAAAAUAUUACUAAAAAUAUUAAGAAAAGAAGAGCAGCAAAAUGAAGAAAAGCAAGUUAAAGAACAGGAUGAACAGGUAGAAGAGCAACAGCACAAUGAAGAACGGCAACAAAAGAAAGUUGAAGAGGUUGAGCUUAAAGAAAAGCAAGUUAAAGUUGAAGUGCAACAAAAUAAUCCAGAAGAAAAAUUUUGA